CAUCCACGACUGUAUAAAAAGGAGGUUAAUAAAGUAAUCCACACGCACCAAUUCCUACCCACUAUUUUAACUCAGUGGCUGCCAUCGACAGCGAUAGUUGUCAGAUCCAUUUGAAGCGGGAACAGUGGCAGCGAAUGAACAAUCUUCAUGUUCAUUCCCCUCCCAGUUCAAAUGGAUUGCACAUAUACUAGUGAUACUCAUUUUAAGAGCCACACAAUUGGACGACUAUUUUCAUCAAUGGCACUGUAAGACUUAAUACAAAGACAAUACGGCUUGAUAUUUGAGUUGACCUUUUUUGCUGAAAAGUAGUUUCAACCUAUCCUAACUUUGACAAUAAUUGUGAAAAUAAUUAUAACCGCACUGUUGAAGCCACUGACCGACACAUAGUGCGAGGUAGAGGAUGCCCAGACGAAUGUCCAGUCGGAAAAAGAGGAUGACGUUGGCCACUUUGCUGAACAGGAACAAGUUUCCGAUGUGCUGCUCCAAGGUGACUGCAGGUGGGGGGAAAAAAACGGUGCUGACAAGGUCAGAAGAAGGCGUUCAAGGGUAAUGUUUACACAACAGUGGGCAAGUUUGUUUGUAGUGGAGUGUUUCGCGACUUGCUUGGGGGUGAAGACAAAUAGUCACACACUAGGUUGCAUAUUGGUUAAACAGUUACAAUAGCCUCAAUUGCUUUAGAGCAAAGUCUACAUCUUAGCAUGUAAUUGUUCUAUUGUAAGGUAAAUUCUGGGGCUCAAGUAGGGAAAUUUCUUCCUUUUACAAAAAAAAUCUCAUUAAAGGGUUAUGAUGAUGCCUGUUUAAUUUUUUUUUUUUCCCCAUUCACUGGAAUCUUUUUCUGUCCAGCUGUAUAAGUCAAUCACAGUUUUCUAACUUGCUGGGAGGAUGCAGGGAAAGAAUGAGUUUAUAUAUUUUUAAGCAAUUGGCCAAGAAAUAGCUUCGAAAUCUGCAAAAAAAAAUUACAUAAAAAGAAAAAAAUAAUUGUUUCUGUCUUGACCUCCAUGCAUUGCCACAGGAACCAAGCUAUCUCCACUAACUGAAAGAACAACUUUACAUUUUGUAUGUGAAUGGUACAGAAAGAGAUGGCCUCAUCAUUCAUCAAAAUUGCUAAUGGCUUGCCAGGGAAAAUCAAGAAACUAUGCGGUAUGCAUUUUGCAAGGCGUAAGCAACCCCUCUGUUGAAAAUUGUGUCAGUGCGCUAGUCAUGCUAUUUAAUUCACAGGUGUCUGGCCUUUUAAGAUUUUUUGUGUGUGGCCAAGGAGGGGUGCUGAGUACACAGCCGGGCACAGGGACGAGAAUGAACGCCUCUGAAAGUUCCGACAGGUUUUCCAGCAUGUUCCAUGAGCUCUACAAGAUGAACCCCGCGAGGAUGGAAAACGUUAAUAAGGAAUUUGUGAACGAGUUGCAGAGAGCUAUAAAGGAUGCUAUCAGCAAACUGAACAAAGAAGCUGGAAUAGAGUCCAAAUUAAAUAAACUGGACCAACUGGAGAGUGCUGCUAAAAACAGCCCAGACCCUGCAUGGCGUCCAUCUGGGGUUCCAGAAGAAGAUUUUAGCAGCUCUAUAAUACCGCUCUAUCAAAAACAAGAAGCUUACUGGCAACGCAAGCUGAAAAAGAUCCAAGCUGAGAAUGCCGCCCUUGCACAAAAGGUGAAAGCUGGCAGGGAGAAGAUUGCUCAGACGGACCAGCGGAUUUCAACUGCUAUUGCUGUUGUUGGUUCAACUGCUGAGUGGGAGGCAUUUUCCAGUGAUUUAAAAAGCCAGACAUCUUCAUUAUGCCCUUCAGAUGUGCUAGAUAUGUGAUCUUCAACUUUUUUGGCCAACUUAAAAGAUAUAACUGUAUAUAAUUGUUUAGUUGUUGUUUUUUGCUCAUUAAAAUAAAGCU